AUGAUCGCUUUCAUUAUCAUUAUGAUUAAGAGUCGACAGAAGCUUUUAGCAUUCGUCAAUGCAGCGGGUAUCAACUUAUUGGUAUGCGGUCUUGCUCGGCAUCCGCUAGUGGUUAAUGCCAUCUUCCGGAGCAUAUGCCGCCUGUCGCCGUCGGCUCCUCUCUGGCUGCGCAAGAGAGCUGCCGAAGCAUAUCACUAUGGCGGAGUUCACAGUGGAUGCGGUAUGGCAGCUUUUUUAUGGUAUACGGGCCUCGUGGCUCUGAUUACACAGGAAUAUUGGAUGAAUGGAGACUCGGGGACAAUUACCAUUCCGAUAAUUGUUAUAGCCUAUGUUUUACUCGUUGAUCUCGUUGCCAUUAUUGCUGUUGCAUAUCCUACAUUCCGGGCAAGAUGGCAUAAUUAUUUCGAGCUCAUACACCGAUUCGGCGGGUGGCUAGCAGUGGCUCUGUUCCUGACCCUCUUGCUUGUCUUCUCAGAUCAAGCCCGACGUUCGCAAGGCUUGUCACUCGGGCAAUACCUACUCGAAUUACCAGCGUUUUGGUUUGUACUAGCCAUCAUUGUCUCCAUUGUUCAUCCGUGGCUCCUUCUCCGCCGGGUGCAAGUUUUGCCAGAGAAUCUCUCAUCGCAUGCUAUCCGACUCCACUUUGACCACACAUCUACUGCAUUUGGUAAAGUGCUAGCACUCUCCAAUCAUCCACUCAAGGAUUGGCACAGCUUUGCAACUUUCCCCGACCCCGGUGAUAAGAGCUUUUCUUGUGUAGUAUCCAAGGCGGGCGAUUGGACAACCCGGUGUAUCGAUCAAAAACCCACCCAGCUAUGGAAGCGUGGAGUGCCCAUGUACGGCUUUAUCCACGUAAUGCGUCUUUUUCGUCGAGUGGUAGUGGUUGCCACGGGGUCAGGAAUUGCGCCAUGUCUCUCAUUUUUGAGCGAAAAGUCUCGCCCGCCGUUGCGACUCAUAUGGCAGACGCGGAAUCCAAACAGGACAUACGGUCCAGAGGUCUUCAGCCUUGUGCAUCAGCUUGACUCUGAUCCACUUCUCAUUGACACCGGGACCAGCGGCCGAGUGAACAUGGUGCCAAUUAUCCAAGAGGUCGUCCGAGAAUUCGACGCGGAGGCUGUCUGUGUGAUCAGCAACGCGCGCCUCACUAAACAAGUGGUCUUCGAGCUCAUGGAAAUUGGAGUGCUUGCAUUUGGACCAAUCUUCGACUCUUAG